CCCACAUCUCUUUGCCUUGCCACUGUCGACUGGGAAUCUGAACUAUUCAAACAGCAGAAACGUUUCUUCUCACAUUCUUCAAUAAACAGACUUGGUGACAUCGCCAACUAGGUCCGCCCUUCCCUCCAUCAAACAGAAAGCGGCAGAAAACGAAAGCAGUCCUUUGCCCUGUUUGAGUCUUCCUUGGAUCGAAGAUGGAUGAGCAAGACUCAGCUGGCCCUGCAGCAGGAAGAGGUCCUGAGACUAUCAAGACUGGGAGUAGUGGAGAAUCCUGGGAAAAAACGGUGCAGAAGAUCCUGGGUGCAGACACUGUCCGCCCAGAAGUACAGCGCCAGUGCUUCCGACAGUUCCGCUAUCAGGACAGCAAGGGCCCCAGAGAGGUUUGCAGGAAACUCCAGGAUCUUUGCCAUCAGUGGCUCAAGCCAGAGCAACACACAAAGCAUCAGAUUCUAGACUUGGUGAUCCUGGAGCAGUUCCUGACGGUCCUUCCAGCGGAGAUGGAAAAGUGGGUCAGGGAAUGUGGAGCCGAGACCAGUUCCCAAGCAGUGGCACUGGCAGAAAUUUUCCUUUUGACUCAGGCAGAGGACAAGAAGCAGGGAGAUCACCAGGAGCAGAGUCUGUUUACAGAAGCAGGCACUAAAUUACCUGCUGCAGAGAAGACUUCAUCAGGUACCGGAAAGACUCCCUUACGAAGGGGAAUGAAGCAGGAGGCUGCCACUUUGUCAGGUAGUGUAAUGAUGUCAGCAAUACGUACUCAGUCAUCAUCUCUUCUUUGUGAUGGAGGGGAAAAAACUGCCAUACAGACCGACCAGGGUCCAGUAACUACUGAGGGGGUUGCUGCACAUGUCCCUCAGAAGGAGAAGGCUGCGCUGGAUCCUGACCAGAAAGCUCUGCAUGGGCAAUCCAUGGACGAGAAAUGUGAGCUUGUCACCUCUCUCGAAGGUGGCAAGUGGGAAAUGGAGAAUAAGGGGGAGCUACGUGGGAUGUCACCAGAAAGAGACAGAUACAAAAGGAGGGAACAGCAGAGAAGGAAAGCUGGACCAGUUCGGAAGAGGGAGAAUGAAUCCUCUGCUUCCCAGGGCAGCGACUUCCAUGAAAAUGUAAUCCAAGAAAAAAUAGGCAAAAUAAGCAAAACUGUUGUCAGAAUUACCGAACCAGCCCGAAAAAGACAAAGGACUUACCUUUUCCACAAAGAGUGGGAAGAGAAGUAUUGCUUUAUGGACGUGAAUGGAAAAUCUGUGUGUUUAAUAUGCUCUUCAACUGUAGCAGUUGCAAAGAAACACAAUGUCCAAAGACAUUUUGAGAGAAAUCACAGUACCUUUGCGAAGAACUAUCCACUGGAUUCUGAGCUUCGGAAAAUGAAGGUCAACGAAAUGAAAUCUAAAUUUGCAAUACAGCUGACGGGCUUUACCAAGCCUGUGGUCCAAUCCAAGAAUACUACAAUUGCAUCUUUUAAGAUUGCAAGCUUGCUUGUUAAGAGAAACAAACCUUUUGAGGACGGGGAACUGUUGAAAGAAGUGUUUUUGACUGCUAGCGAUGCCAUUUUUGAAGGUUUUUCCAAUAAAAAGGAAAUAAUUGCAGCAAUUCAGAAGUUGCAGAUGUCUGGUAACACGAUUACCAGAAGAAUUCAGUCCAUUUCAAGCGACUUGGAACAUCAGCUGCAAAGCGAUUUACAGAAGUGUCUUUGGUUUUCACUUCAGCUUGAUGAAUCCACAGACAUGACAGACACUUCUCAGUUGGCCGUCAUUGUGAGGAUGAUAUUUAGUGACCUUUCUGUGAAAGAAGAGCUACUCAAAAUACUAUCACUGAAAGGAAAAACAAGGGGUGAGGAUAUAUUCCAGACUUUUAGAAGCUAUGCUACAGAAAUAAAUUUGCCUCUUCACAAACUCUCAUCCAUCACCACUGACGGGGCACCAGCCAUGGUGGGUUGCAUUGAUGGAUUCAUUGCCCACUGCCAGAAAGAUGAAACUUUCCCAAAGUUUGUUUCCUAUCACUGUAUCAUCCACCAAGAAGCAUUGUGUGCUAAAGUACUCCAGUUUAAGCACGUCAUGGAUGUUGUCACAAAAAUAAUCAACUCUAUCCGUGCGGUCUCCUUGCAACAUAGGCUUUUUAAGGCACUUCUGAAAGAUGUGGAUUCAGAGUGCAGUGAUCUCAUUUUGCACACUGAAGUUAGAUGGUUGAGUAAAGGAAAGGUUUUGGCCAGAUUUUUAAUCCUGAUAGAAGAAAUAAAAGCGUUUUUGAAGUCUAAAGAUCAACAUAUUGAGCAACUUUAUGACAGGUUUUGGUUGGUGGACUUGGCUUUUCUUGCUGAUUUGAUGCAAGAACUGAACAGUUUGAACAUUGAGCUUCAUAGAAACAAUAAGCAUAUUUCUGGGAUGAUCACUUCAGUCAAUGCUUUCAAAGGUAAACUGAGGCUGUGGAAGUCGCACUUGCAGAUUAAAUCCCUUAUUCUUUUCCCUUCAAUGAGACAAGUUGUUGGUGAGAGUGAUUUCAACAACCUACCGUUUGUGAGCCACCUUGAAACACUUGAGGAACAAUUCCAUGCUCGAUUUCAGCAAUUCACUGACAUUGAACCAGUUGUUUCAUUUUUUGAGAAUCCAUUCAGCCCAGUUGAUAUCACAGAAACUGCAGUGGCCAUUGGGGAACUGUGUCAGACUGGAGUAGAAGAAAUAGAGUUGGAGAUUGUGGACCUCCAAAACGACUUGGUUUUAAAAUCAAAUUCAAGUCAUGACAAUUUUUGGAGUCUGGUUGAUUCACAAAAGUUCCCUUUGUUGAGGAAGACAGCUGCAAAGAUAAAGUCUUAUUUCGGAUCAACUUAUCAAUGUGAGUCAGUCUUCUCCACAAGGAGAUUUAUCAAAUCGAAGAACAGAACGCGAAUGACAGAUAAGCACCUGGAUGAAUGUUUGCGAGUGGCGAUUUCGUCAUACACCCCCAAUUAUAGCAAGCUUACAGAUGGCAUGCAGUGUCAGGCAUCUCACUAGUCCAAAAAAAAGUUGUGUCAAUCAGGAGUUGGUAGUCUUGGGGUUUCCUGAAUCUAUUUUGUUUUUCACUAGAACUCCCAAGGACCAACGCUGGAGCCAGGUGCAACAUAAAGGCUCUAUAAGGUGGACAUGGUUUUCAGUACCACAACUGGACUCUGCAUACAAUUCUUGUUAUUUCCUCCCAAGCUUUCUUGAUUUCAGCAGGUUAAUUUAGGAGAGGGGAAAGCUUUUUGUUGCUAUUAUUAAACAGGAGUUGGAAACCUUUCCUGUCUGCCCCUGGUGUAAGUAAGGUGAUGUGUGGCUGGUUUGCACUAAUCAUUUGCUUAAAUAGGGCCAUCUUCAACAUGGCAAAUUUCAAUAGUUUUCUAUUCUGUGUACUAUAAAAUAGUAAAAUUAUUAGUGUUAAAUAUAUCAUUUUAUUUGUAACUGAGUAUAUGUUUAUGUAACAAUAGUUUAGGAACAAUUGUUUUAUGUCUUAUUAUUUUCUCUACAGCAAUCUCUACUAUGCAAAUGAAUAAAUGCUCUUUUAAAUAUGGAA